UGUAUAAGCAAAAUGGCUGAUGAUGAUCCGUGGUUAUUAAAAGAAGACGGUUACUUAAAUGUGGAUACUGAGUGUAAAAGUAUAAUCUAUCAUGCUAAUCUAAAUGUGUUACUAAUUACCACUGGUAGUGCGCAAGUAUAUGUAUUUGAUGUCAAAUCAGGAGUAAUUUUACAAAAAAGUUCUUUAUCCGGAAAAUUAAAUGGAAAACUUCAAGGCACAUAUUUGUCAAAUGGUAUAAAUAAAAUAUUAUAUACAGAUGGAAGAGGAAUUGGAGUGCGUAGUGAUUAUAAUGGGGUGCUUUUUUUGGACACACUUUUACAAACACCUGUUUCAAGAAGUGAAGACAUUGUAAAAUUAGAGUUAUUGUUUUCCGAAGCUACUUUAUUAUAUCAGUGUCUACGAUGUGUAGAGUUACCAGGCGUAGAUCAUGUGCUAGAAGUAAAAGAAGAAUUAAUAAGUAAAACCUUUACAAUAGAAGCAAAUCAGAAAAAGGGAAUUAAAGCUCAAAAAUGGAAUACAGUAUGUCUGGAAUUACCACAUAGUUCUUUGAAACUUGUGUGCUCAGGAUUAGUAACGGAAUUGAAAGGAUUAAACAGGUAUAUUCCAGCAUUGCCAGUUGCUUCUGCCAUUAAUGAACGAUUAAAUGGCCUAUUACCAGGCCUGCCAUUAGAAGGAGGUCCUACCGAUAAAGCAUUAAUGUUUAGUGAAGCAACACGUCGAGAUACUUUUUCAAAAUGGCCACAUAUGAAUUACAAGUGGGCUUUGCCAGAUCAAAUGGCACAGGCUGGUUUUUAUCAUCAGCCAAAUGCAACAGGUGAUGAUAAGAUAAUGUGCUUUACAUGCAAUGUCUGUUUAAUUUGUUGGGAACCAACAGAUGAACCUUGGUCAGAACAUGGACGUCAUUCUCCGGCAUGUCCAUUUGUCAAAGGAGAAUACACACAAAAUGUUCCUUUGUCUGUUAUUCUUGCUACUGCUCCUGCAUGUGAAGCUGGUGAUUCUGUAGAUGUGAUUAGCACUACAAAUGUUAGUGGUCUUGUAGCUACAGCUUCCAGUGGUGGUUUUAUUAAUGUCUGGAAUGUAACAAAUCAGUUAAAGAGGGAGGUAUCGUUUUAUGUUGCUCCUAUAGACCAAGAAAUAAAUAACAAAGAUUCUAUUCAGUUUGGUUCUACAAGAAAUUUAUCAUCAUAUUUAAGGGCACUUAAUUCAGAAGCAGAUCCCCUUUCUGAGUAUAAGCAUUCUGGUUCUCAUAAAGUACAAGUCACAGCAUUGUCUGUAGUAGGUUCUCCUAAAUUCCAAAAUGAUGAAAUAGAAACAUCUGGUUCUACAUUUUUACCUGUUGAGAUAUCAGACUCUAAAAUCAGGCCAUGUGUAGUGUGUGCUGUUACUGUGACAGUUAGUAAUCCAUCACAGUUAAGGACUUUAGAAAAUGUGUGGGCUGCUUCAACAGAUUUAGCUUCAUCAUCAUCUCUUGUCCGUGCAAUGAACAGUGUAAAUAGUGCUGCCAGUGAUACUUUAGAUAUAAUGAAGGUAGCAGGUGACAAGUACACACCAUCAAGAUUGCACUAUUUAGUAUUUUAUGAUUUUCAUCACAAAACUGGAACAACCCAACCAAUUAAAGAAGGUAAUACUAAGGAAUCUAAUACUAAAAAAACAUCAUCUGAAAUAGGCACUAGUGGUAGUUCAAAUGGAGAACGUCAAGACAAUUUAUACCAAGAAUUUUUGGUUAGUAAAUUUUUUUGUGAGGUUCCAGUAAUAGAGGAUGUAGAUUCAGAUGUAGUUGAUCCACAUUUUGAUGAAAUUUUUCCAACAUCUGCUCUUACUGCAUCAUCUUCCAAUGGAAUUUAUUCAAACCCAAUAGGUAUCACAGUACCUCCAACAUCAAGUUCAUUUGAUGCUAAUUUCAAUCCUAUUACUGAUCCAAAGCAUUUUGCAUCAACAUCUGAUUUAACAACUGCAAACAAGAAAAGUUUGGAUAUUAUGAAAAUAACAAAGACUGAACCAGUUGUUGUAAAGACUUUACCUAUUGAAGCUCCUGAUUUUGUUAAAAUUACACACAUUGAAACAUCUAAAGAUGGAAAACAUUUAUAUGUUGCUAUGUGUCCUACAACAGAUAACACGGAUUCAUUAAUCUCAAAUAAUAAUCAAAUGGAUAUUGAUGAAGAUAGUGAAUUUUUUCCUCAAAAAGGUUAUGUGUAUUGGGACCAUAAUGAUACACAGUCUGAUAGAUUAAUAAAUGGUAAAAUACACGAUGACAUAAAUAAUAUGAAUACUGUAAUACUUGUAUAUGCCUUGGAUUUUUCGGGGCAAGUGGUAAAGAUAUUUUCUGAACCAGUAGUAAAACGAGAGUUAUCUGCAGAUGAAGCUCCUGUUGAACACGUGUUUUUACCUCUUCAAGAGAAAAAUAAAUAUACUUUAUCCAGUGAAAAUUUCAGCAGAAGUUCUACUACUAAUUUAAGUGCAUCAGAACCUGUGGGACAAGUGGCUCUUGUAUGUAGAGAUGGUGUUAUCAGAGUAUUAAAUUUAAAUUCAUUGAAAACUAUUACUGAAGCAAGAAUAGAAGGGAAAAAAUUUGUUUCUGCAGCAUAUUGUAAUAGUUUAGAGAGAUUGUGUGCAUGUACAAAUGAUGGUGCACUUCACUUUUUUAUUACUACAAAUGAAGAAGACUCUAUGGAAGAUAAAGAGGAUAUUGAGGAUAUAAAUAUGAUGACAAGUGAAGAAAAUUGUAAUAAAAAUAUAAUUCCUAGUACAUCAACAUCAUCUACUUCUCAAGAUCAAUUACUUGCGCACAAACUAAAUUUCUCGUAUUCGGAUUUACGUACUCUUUACGAACUGACACGGUUUGAUCAUCAUUCUCCCGCAUAUGAUGCUACUGUUCUUCCUUGUUGGAAUGAAAUGAUGCAAGCUCAGAGACAACGCCGGCAUCCCCAACAUUUUCAUCAAUCAGAAGAUCAACAUCAUACUCGAACAUGGCGUUUACAUAAUGAUCUGACCACUUGGGAUGAGAAUAUAUUUGAAUUAACUCUUCCUCGAAGUGCUGCAGGAAAUAUUGGUCAUGUAGAUGUACGGUUUAGUUUGCAUUCAGUUUGUCAAGAAUUACCAUCAAUUCAAAUUACUUUACUGAAGCAAAAUAUUAAAAGAAUUGGUAAUCAUGAUCCUUCAUUAACUCCCGUGGAUGAAAGAAUAGAUUUUAAUAUAGGCAAUGAGCAAAAGGGAGAAAACCCUGUGAUCACAGAAGAGUUUCAGCGACAACAUAAUACAGAAAUUUUAUGUGGACCGAUUGAUUUGCAUCGCAGUUUAGACUUAUCGUGGCGUUCUGGUUGUGUUACAUUGACUAGUCCAAAACUAUUUCGAUCUAAAGCUAGGACACUUCUUGUUCAUAUUAAGGCUCUAAUUGAUCCUACAAAAGAUAGCGCAACGACAAAAUCGAAAACAAAUUCAUCAGACAACAAACCUCCCACAUCUAAAAAGUUAAGAAUAGUCGAAGUACGUCGAUUUGUAGAAGGAGCAAGUAGUAAAAAAUUAGAUGUUUAUAUCGGUUGUGAUUGGAUUUAUGAAAUAUCAAUUACCGUUCGAACAGUAUAUCCUACCAAUAUACCAAAUGAAAGAGCGCAGCGAUGCGCUAUGUUGGAAUCUAAAAAUUGCUUUGAAAAUUUAUUAUGUGUAGCUUGUUUGGAGACCUCUGACAAGUCUCCUAUUGCACAAUCACUUGCAUUAGAUAUUCUUGUAUGGAUAGCCUCUAUUAGAUUAACGAGGCUACGCAGCAAUGAAAACAGUGCUGAAAUAAAAACUUUUCAAUUGGAAACAAUUCGCUCUGUGCAGGCACGACUAUUUAAUUUAUUAAGAACUUGUCUUUUACAUGCUGGUCGAAGUAUAGCGCACAAGUGUAUAAAGCUAAUUAUGCUUUGUAAUAUUGGUUUUUAUAAUUUGGAAGAUCCUCCAUCUCAAUCUUUCGAUGAAGCCUUAGUGUCUGUUCUGGUAACAUUGUUACCAUCAAUAGUGGAAGUUGAAUGGGCUGGUUCAUUACGUUGGUUACAACUAUUAAUUAAUAGAAUUGUGCUACGAGAUAGAAAUCACAGUAUUGCUCAACAAUGUAUUUCUUUAAUACAACAAAUUUCUGCAGAAAUAUCAAAUCGUGUAAAUCCAUAUCAUUUAUUACUUGCAACGAGAUUUGGUUUGUAUAAUUCUCCAUUUGAGACCGAACUAUUUGAUUUGGAAUCACCAAUGCCUCCCAAAUACAGUCCAAUAUCUCCUACAUAUGUAUCAUCAGUAGCUAAUGAACAGACAGGACCGUCAACUGCUUCAUCAAGUUCUAUGUAUUCUCAGGAUGCUAUUGAUUUGAGGGACCUACUUACACUGCCUACACACCCAACUAGUGAACUUGUGGUGUCUAGCAAGUUGAAGGCUUUAUGUGCUAAUCACAAUAUGAAAGGACUUUUAGAGGUUGAGCCUCUUCAUUUUACUUGUUUUGCUGCUUCUGAUGGUACCAAGAUGGAGAAAAUUGAUCCAUGUAUGAAUUCAAAUAAUAUUGGAGCUCCUCUUUAUGAUAGUACAGCUACAAAUAACAAUGGCGUACCCGACAUUAAAACCAUUCAUCAUACUUAUAACUUGGAUGCUGGGUCACUAGGAGCAGAUGUUCAGGCUAAGCCAACACCUAUGUUAAGCGAUCUAUUUAGUCUAUGUACAGGAAGAAUGUUAAAGAAGCCAGCUCCACAAGUGAUAUUCAUACCUAAUCAAUUAGAAUGUGAUGAAGUUACUGAUAUGCUUAUCAACAAUCAGACAUGGCAUAAUACACAAAAUGACAUGCCUACUUCCCAUAUAUUAAGUUCUACUGUAACAAAAGAAAAGUCGUCCAUACCAAAUAUCAAUACUACUGUAAACAAAGUUGAAGACAGCAAUUCUAAAAAGCGAAAAGAUAUUACAUUUCCAUGGGGGAAAUUAUUAUGUUGGCCACCACAACAGGCAUUGGUGAUUGAUCGAAUGCAUGCUGGUGCACGCCGUUUUGUUAUUCUUGACUUUGGAUCACCCGUAUUGCUUACGGAUUUGAUUAUUCCCUGCUGCAGUGAUUUAGCAUCCUUGGCUAUAGAUAUAUGGACAAAGAGAGAAGAAGUUGAUGGUACGCGACUCAUUGUGGCUGGUGAUAUCGGAAAUAGGUCAUUAGUUGUAUCUGAUCUUCAACCACCACCUGUUUGUAGAUAUCUGAAGAUUAUAUUCAUUGGUCGGUUUGGAAUGUCUCCUACUAUGUGUAAAAUUCCAUUAGGAAUUUUUUAUGGACAUGUCAUGAUUUUACCUGGAGAAGAUUAUGCGGAAUUAAAUAGUAGUUCAUCAGCUUGUGAUAAUACUUUUGAUUCUAAUGUACAAGCUACUAUUAAUACACAGUGCAAUAUUUUAUCCGCUCUCGCGGAAGAUGUUCACUGCAGAUUUAGCCUAGCUACUGAAAAACUAAAAAGCCUAUUGGAUCCACUGUUGUGUUCAGAAACUACUAAUGUUAUGCACAUGCAGCACUAUCUUUCUUUUAGUAAAAUACCUAAUGAAAAUAAAGAGCAACCAUCUGCAAAAAUACUGGCCACUUAUCAAGAGUGCAUAAUGUUUCAACAUCAAUUAAAUGUUGUGCGUGGUGUAUGGAAACGAUUGGAAUCAUGGAAAGGUUCUCAGACCAUAUCUACAAUGUCCUUAGCAAAUGCACCUACUGAUAAAUUGCGAGCUCUCGGAGAAACUUUACUCGAUAUCCUAUUGUUUGCAGUAUAUGAAAUUGGUCCAAUACCUAGUAUACCAUUAUCAAUAUGCGAUGUUUUUACACCAACAGUUUGUGAGAAAUUUUUUCAUUCGGUUUGUAUUGUUACACCAAUUCCCCGUUUGCAACUACAAGCUGUUGCACUUUUAACACGUAUGGCUGGUCAUCAACCUUGGUGGGGUAAUUUCUUGUCUAAUGUUUUAAUUAAUCUCUAUUCGUCAUCGUCUACGCACAUAUUUCCCCAAGACAGAGUAUUUAUUUUACUAAUACUUCUUGGACGUAAAUCAUUGAUUGGCGGAGUUAAUAGAUUUUCUGUGAUAGAUGCUAUGGUUCGCACGUUAGGCAAAUUAUUAGCACCAUUAUCAAAUGCUCAAACAUCAGAUGCAAAUCAUUUAGAUGUAACACUUAUUGGCUGGGUACUACUUUUCUUAUCCGUGUGUUUGGAUACUAUAGCGAUCCCAUCUGCUGGUUUAGAAAAGACUAAUGAAAAAACUAAAGAACAAGGUUUAUUAUCUCGCUGGGAGUUUAUUCAAGGAGAAUCUGCAAUGCAGAGAAAAUAUGGGAAUGCCUAUCGUUCUCCAGCUUGUAGUUCCCGCAAGAAAUUGCAAAAACAUGUAAUGCACCAUAAGCAACAGCUUCAAGAGUUAGAGCAAGCAAAAAAAGCAUUUCAUACCUCAUCUCAGGGAUGGACUAAUUUCUCAUCGCAUUCAUCAUUAUGCAGUAAAAUGCAAGCAACAUUAAAAUCACAGGAACAGUUUUUUAAGAAAACAUAUAAACAAAAUUCUACCAAGCAUCUCAAGGAUAUUCUUAGUAUUCGUAAAAAUGAUACUUCUCGCAGUUCGCAAUCACAAGCAAAUACGAGUUCCAGCAAAUCAGAAACAACGGAUUUUGAUGUUGAAUGUGUAUCCAACUUAUCACAUCAGCAUGUUUUGCCUGUGGCACGUGGACUUAUUGCUCUUAUUUUGUAUAAUUCUGCUAAUGUAGACAUGUUUCUACUAGCUUGCAAGGUAGUCGCUAGGCUAGUGAUAUCUACACGUCCUGCAAUUAGUUUGUGUGAGCUUAUGAGCGAAGAACAGCUCUUAAAAUUAGUCAGAUUGGCAACGGGUACUUCCGACGCGGCCUGGUCUUCACAUGCAGUCUCGUGCCUUUUGCAGGAUUUAUUAGAAGGUGGAAAGUUAAUUCCAAAAACGUGUUCUACUCAUGAAGGAAGUCCCACUGAAGAAAAUUUUGAAUCUCUUGUUACGGAAAGAAGUCGAACACCUGAAGAAGAAUGUACUGCUGCCGAUGUAAAUAUUACUUUUAUUCCUCUUGGUAACGAUGAAGGAUUUGCAGGAAGCGACGAAGACGAAGAUGGUAAUAUAAUGGUGGUGUCGGAACCUGCUUCAAUAUCAAAAUCUAAUGGAUUUUUGCCUUCUCUUUUGGAGUCUGAUGACAGUGAAUUUGAAGAUUUUUUAGGUGAUAUUCUAGAAUGUGGUAGAAAUACCUUGAAGAAAGGUCAUCCAUUACCUAAGAAUGUGGACAUGUCUGGAAUUUCUUUAGCAAUGGAUGCAAGAUUAGAAUACGGAGUAGAAAUGGGAAUAGAAAUAUCAUUGAGGAUAUUGUCUAUGUUCAGCAUGUAUAAUUUACCUUACAGUAUAAGUACCACAAUACAUGUAUCAUCAGAAUCAAAUCGAUGUAAUCAACAGUCGACAUCGAAAGCAGAACCUAAUUGGAAUGAAAGAAGUCAAGAUGUUUGGAAUUCACCUGAUACAACUUCUUCAAAUUUAAUAAUGUUAACUAGAUGUUUUGAUAAAUUAUUUACAGAAUUAUACUUACAAAAUAUAGGAACGAAUUUGGAACUUAUUCUGCAGCUUUGGUUAACAUUGAAUUUAGAUGCUUCUUCAGAACGAUCUAAUCCUAUAAAUCGUUUUGAUCCUUCACUUUCACCUGUUAUACCAUUGAGUUCAACAGCCAUUUCAAGUCUUAUAUCUGCACUAUCUUGGCAUCCGGGAGUUUCUUUACGUGCUUGGUGCCUUGCUCUUCAGUGUUUGACAUUAGCAAGUAAUCAGCCAUUACAGACAGAUUCUACUGAAGCUGCAAAUAGUAGACAACCAUUAGAUGGUGUUUUGGGUGGUAUGGCUGGAUGCAUUGUAAAAGAUCGUAAUAUGGGUCCUAUGCUUUUACGUUUACUUUCUGGAAGUGGAUUAAAUGUUAAUGCUAUGGACAAACAGUAUAUUAUGGCUGGUCCUACUGUUUGCCUAGCAUUACAAUAUUUCUUAGUUAGAUUAAAAAUGAGAUGCGACGUAAUUACCCCUAGUAGCUCUUUAGGAAAUUCAUUAAAGCAACUCUUAUUGUGGGUGAUAUACCAACUUAUACAGCCCGGUGGAGCUCUUUCUGCAAGGAGGGGGCCUUUAGACGCACAAUGCAAACUUAUAACAUCAUUAACGAAUUUAAAUUUUGUCAAUACAGACUUAGAAACUGCAAUAAGUAUAACAGAAUGCGUCGGAGUACUAGUUUCUACUUACGUUAGGGGUUCUAAAGUUGGUGCUCAGUGUGGUGGUACUGGUGAUACAGCAAAUUCAUCUGAUAGAUUCGAGAGUUUAUUUGCUUGUGUAUAUGGCAGAGGUUGUAGAUUAGAUUGUCCAACGUCAUGGGAUACUUUAAUUAUAGUUCUUAUAAAAUUAGUAUGUCGACUUGUUCAAACACCUUUGCCAGAGACCUGCACAGAUCGAACAGAUGGGUCAAUGAGAAUCGAUCUUUCUGAGACGAAUUUCGAUAUAACAACUGAUAUUGAUGAUACUCAAAUGAAAGUAAAUAUUUCACAAACGGAUGAAAGCAAAGUUGCGGAGCAACAAUCUUCGUCUCGUUUGCAACAGUGUACAUCUAGCAAACCUCGAGUACGAUGCGUUGCAGAUACUGUUUUGCAACAUGAACCUACCAUGAUGCGAUUGUUGGGAGCUCUAGGACAUAGCACUGGCUCAUCUUUAGUUGUGUUUUUAGCUGAAAGUGCUGGUGCAGGAACAGCAACUGAAUUUGACGAUUCUGCUUCGGUAUUAGAUGCUACAUUCCAACUUUUGACUACUCUUACUAAAAAAGCAAGCAAUCGCACUUUAGUUCUCAAUCCACUUUAUCAAUAUCUUUCAUCCUUCUGUGGACAAAGAGAAGUAAAUCGACAGUUGGGUGUUAUGCAAUUGUCUGAGCCUCUUCUUUGGUAUAUCUUAAGAGUUCUAGACAAUGAAGUAUCACUGGCAAUGUUUACAGCAAUGGAUGGUGUAAAAAUACUUUGUGAAAACUUAGUAAAAUCAAGUAACAGUGGCAAUGUCAAUUCUACUUCACCUGGUGUGAUUGCAUUAGUAAUGGAACAUCUUUCCAAUGUUCCUAAUGUGCUAUCAGUGGCUUCUUCAAGUAGCAAGAAGUCUAUGAAUACACUAGAAACUUAUGAAGAUGGGUUAUUAAACUUUGCUCCUUUGGGUAUAAUAUCUUGGUUUAAUCCUGCUGCCCAACCAGCAAGUGUCCUUAUACAAAAUUCUACACAACACAAACGGGCAAGGACGGCUGCGUGGUUAUAUCAUUGUUUUCCUGAUGAACCAUGGGUUGACCUUAUGAUUACUUUACCUUGUGCUAUAUUAUUGAGAAAAGUAGAAUUACAACCACAUCUUACAUCUUUAGCUACGUGUCCGUCAGCUGUAGCUAUUGAAGUUUCAAGAGAAAGCAAUAGUCCUCUAAGACCUGUUUGUGCACCAAUGCCUACUGCAGGCUUGACAUCUAUACGCAUCACUUUAUCGCAACCAGAAGUGGCAACGUCCGUACUUGUACGAUUAUACAAACCACGUGACUCAAGAAAUAUAAGUCUAAGUCAAAUCAAGUUAUUAGGUACAACGGCAUUUGGUGAAAUAAAAACCAGUCAUGAUACAAUAGAUGAAGAACAACUUACUAAGUCAAGCUUGGGUUGGUUGCGAUUGCUGCAUCAAUGUUUAUCCGUGUGCACGUUGAACAGCAAUCUUGCUGUUAAAGUGCUUAAUUCUGCAGCUUCAGUUGAAGGACUGAUUGAAGCAUGUUGUAAUCUCCUGUUACUCCCAGCACCAUCUCUUUUUACUUCCAAUCUGGAGAGGGUUCUAUUGCAACUAGGCUUACAUUCUCGAGAGCUUGGACUUCGACUCAUUGGUCUUUUACUCAACAACAGGUCUACCUCUUUCUUUCAAGGUGCCGCAACUACACAAGAAACAUCAACUGUUCAAUUGGUUGUUGAAUUGCUUCAACAAUUAUGUUCUAUUCAAGAUUCUUGUACAGAAGCUCGUAUGACAACAGUGCUUUCGUGGCUUCAUGCAUCGGCAGUAAAUGGAAUUUCUCGGCCCAGUAAUGGUCCUAACGCUAUUAAUUCGCCUGCCGUAUAUAUCCAUUGUGUGUCUUCCAUUAUAUGGGAAGCUCAUCAACAGCAAAAUCUUAAUUAUGAUUUACCAGCUUUAUUAACUGAUGAGCUUUUUAAUGCUUUAUAUCAGUGGACUUUAAUUUUGGGAAAUGGUUCUGCUUUAAAGCAGGCAAUCGAUUCUGCUCUUUGUGCGUUUUGCUACGUGAGACCUACAUUAUUCCCUUUGCUUCUCCAAAGAGUACGAAUCUUAGUACCUAAUAUGGCGACUGAUCAUUCUGCAUCUAUAUCAGAUGAUCGUAAGGAAAGAGAAGGGCAAACAGAUGAUAGAAAGAACGAAUUUAAUAGCGAAGAAUGGUACUACCGUUAUGUAUUAUCAGAAUAUAAACGAUUAAAUUUAACAGAAGGGCAGCUACUCACUGUAGCUGCAGCUGCUCGAUCACCAUCAGGUAUCCAGCAACUGAUUGAUUCUGGACUUCUUGCCUCGUUGACAAUGUUGAUCAUCGAUUUUUGUAAUUUGGAAAAUUCGCGACAAGAGCUUUCGCAAAGCAGUCGAAUAUCUGUAAAGGAUAGUUGUCAGGCUAAUACUUUGGGAGGUUUAACGGAUAACGACAAAGUUGGGGAAACUACCAUGGAUACAAAUAAUUAUUUUGAUGGAUUAUGUAUGACGGAACCAGAAAGUAUAGCGAUGAUUUUAGAAUUUUUGACACUUGUGUGCUCGGAAGGUAGAAUGCGCGAUUGGCUUGGGAAAGAAGGAUUUGGAUUUUGGUUACCCCUUCUUUCUCUUCUUAGUAAUCGACCUGUAGAAAAUCCAUCUUUAUCCUCUUUGAGAUGUUCUAAAACAAGUAUUUCAUAUGCAGCAUUAGAAAGUGCAAUGAUUAAAUUUUUAUCUAGAUGUUGUUGGUGUCAUCUCGAAAAUCAAAAGUUAUUAGCCGAAUUAUUAACCGAUGUUAUUUCUCAGCAACGAACAACCUCCAAUGUACGCUACCUUCAUGGAAUUUCGAGUUUCACGAGACGAUUGAUUUUGCAAUUAUUAUUGGAAGGUGAAAAAGUAUUAGUGUCUGUAACUUCCGAUGCACCGAUGAAAGUUUCAAACACAACGGUCAAUUAUGGUAUGUUAUCUAUGCCACCACAUCCAGCUCAUCCACUCGGACAUUAUCAUCAAUUAUUGUAUAUGUCUACUCAGUCAACUGUUGCGGAUAUACUGCAACAAGUCUCUGGUACUUGGCUAUUUCUAUUGUUGCCAAAUUCAUAUAAAAGUAAUGAAACUGGAUCAAGUAAUAAUCGCUCUCGAGAACUUUGGGAAUCCGGUAUGGCCUUUAUAGUGGAUACUCUUAGUGUAGCUGCCGGAAAUACAGCGAAAGAUAAAAGAGCUAAGGAAGCAUCAAAUAGAUCACAAGCUCGUGGUCCUGUCAUAAGAAAGUCACGAAUGAAUUCCGAUGGAGCGGCAAGUACAAGCAAAACAACAAGUAAUAACAUUCAACAGAAUUCUACUAAUUCUACUAAUCAACAGUAUUUGAUACAUUCAUCACAUCCAGAUACUCCUCUGCCACCACAAUUAACCAUCGCCCAGCUUCUAGCUAUUGCCGAAGAUAGUGGAAUAUCGUUGUCAGAACCUUGUUUGCAUCUUAUAUUACGUCAACGGAAUAAGGAUUCAAAAGAAGACAUAAUGAAACAAAACGACAGCGAGCUAUUAAAUUAUAGAAGUAUAGAAAGUUCAUUGGGUGUCUUUAGUGCUAGUGGUGGUUUAGCGGUAUUAGCUCGGCAUUUACCGCUGGUAUAUCCAGAUUCCAGACCACCACCCGUCCCUUUACCCUCACCGGAGCAAACAUACGAGGAGUGGGUCAAAUUAGGAAUUAGCGACGAUGCUUGUGAAGUUGUAGAAGAAAAUGGUAACAGCUCUUCUUCAUGGGCAUCAUCACCAGCUGGUUACGUGCCGCCACUUUCACUUGCUGCAUUUGGAUUGUUCCUUAGACUUCCAGGUUACGCGGAAGUAUUGUUAAAAGAUAGAAAACGAGCCCAGUGUUUGUUACGCCUUGCUUUAGGCGUUUCAGAUGAUGGCGAAGGUGGAGAUGUUUUAACAUCACCAUUAGCUGCAUUGUUACCAACUUUGCCACUCCAAGUUUUGAAGCAAUUACUUGACGCUACGCCUGCAACCACUGAUGAUGGUCUUCUUUUACGUAAAACAACCAUCGAAGUGGGUGCUAUGCUUUUGUUAUUGAAUUGCUUAGCCGUAUUUACUCAUCAAACGAAUCAGAAUGAAAAUUCGGAACAAAAAAUACCCGGUAACCAGGGCGAAGCAGGACGUAGUGAUGAUAAUUCACAUUUAUAUUGGGCAAAGGGUACAGGAUUCGGUACCGGUUCUACACAGCAGUCGUGGAAUGUCGAACAAGCUUUAAUGCGACAGAGAUCUGAAGAAGAGCACGUUACAGUAUUAUUGCAAGUUUUAGCGAGCUAUAUUGGUUCCGGUGGACAAACGCAAAGAGAACUGCCAACGUCUUUUUCUGAUUUACUAGCCCGGUCAUGUUUACUUCCAGCUUUGUCUUCAUAUUUGAGGAAUGACUCGGUAUUAGAUAUGGCGAGGCAUAUUCCUUUGUAUCGUGCAGUAUUGCAAUUGCUCAGAGCUAUGGCUCUUUCAAAUCAGUUAGUUCCACUUUUGUUACCUAGAAGCGGAAAGUCUGGAGAACCAUCCGUUGUAUCGCUUUUGUCUAAUAUGAGAGUAUGCGUGGAUACAUACGUACACAAGAUUAAUCGUACUAGAAGUAAUAAGUCAAAAACUCUAUUCAAGUAUCCUGAUGAUACCGAGCAGGACGAAGGUUUAGCAACGUUGAUUCCUGACAUCCAAGAAAGUGCUACCAUAGUACAAAAUGCUACCUCCAGAUUGUCAGGAAUCGAAGAAGAAUUACCCGGCCCUAGUCCUACAGGUCCAGAAUUACCUUUGCGUUCUAUCGAGCAACGAUACAUAGAAGUUAUGAAAAGUUUACAGUUCGAUACGUAUGAAAUGAUUACUGAAAAUCCAGAAGCUGGUGGAUAUAAGUUUGCAGUCUCAUAUCAUUUUGAGUCUACUAUGAGGGCAGCUGGUGAAAGGAGUCAUCCUACAAGGGUGAAGAGAUUAGCACAAGAGGCCGUUACACUUUCCACAGCAUUACCUUUGUCGUACAGUAGUAGUGUUUUCGUUAGGUGCGAUGCAGAUAGAUUGGAUGUGAUGAAGGUACUCAUAACAGGGCCAGCAGAAACGCCAUAUGCAAACGGCUGUUUUGAGUUUGAUGUGUACUUUCCUCCGGACUAUCCUAACAGUCCCAUGUUAAUAAAUUUAGAAACUACUGGUCGUCAUACCGUACGAUUUAAUCCAAAUUUAUACAACGAUGGAAAAGUCUGUCUGAGUGUAUUGAAUACCUGGCACGGUCGUCCUGAAGAAAAAUGGAAUGCUCACACUAGUAGUUUCCUGCAGGUCUUAGUAUCAAUACAAUCACUAAUCUUGGUAUCAGAGCCUUAUUUCAAUGAACCAGGAUAUGAACGAUCGCGAGGUACGACGAGCGGAGCUCAAUCUAGUCAAGAGUAUAAUGCGAAUAUUUGUCAGGCUACUGCUAAGUGGGCAAUGCUUGAUCAAAUUCGCAAUCCAUGCCCUUGUUUCAAAGAGGUUAUACAUACUCACUUUUGGAUAAAGAGACAUGAGAUUGUUGCACAGCUGGAAGGAUGGAUAAGGGAUAUGGAGUUACAUGGGUUAGAUCGUAGAUUUGGGCGCACUCUCUCCUUAAACGCAUUAACUUUAAGAAGACACUAUAGCUUAUUGAGAGAAGAAUUGAGUAAACUACCAACUCCUGCAGGUUUAGAGGAUUUAGUAGAACCACUUGCGUCACCGGGUUCGCCAAUUGAACUGUCCGACACUCCUGGUACCCCAAAUACGCCACCAGCGUCAACGGUUCCUCCAAUCAGCACACUUUCUACACCAAUUAGUAAUUCUAUUGGUUCCAUCAGCGAUGCUAGUGCCAGUAAUCACGUACACCACGACAUCGACACAGACGUUGAGAUGGAGAAGAUGGUUUCAAAAGUGUGUGAAUAG